AUUACUAGUAUAUAUAAUCAAAUUGAUAUUACAUACGGCCAUUUCAAUCAGAGCAGAAAAGCGGAAUAUAUCAGUAUACCAUGUCGAGCAAGAAUUCCCCUAGGAAAUACAAUCAUUUCUGUAAAACUGAUGAGGAAGGCUAUAUACCAGGCGAACACAGAUGUGCUGUUGGAGAUGAAUGUUGUGUAGGAGUAUAUCUGAGAAAAUACCCAAAGGCUUGUCUUAUAUUACUAGCUGUGGUAUUAAUAUUAGUAAUCAUACUACUAAUUCUCUACCUUUCUACAAACAAACAAGAGGAUACACCUGCAGUAUACCAGGAAACGACUAAUUCAUCUUUAACGAGAAGCAGUACAAGAGAACCAGCCGAAACCUUCCCUCAUCAGCCUCAAAUGGAAGCCAUUCGCUUCAAUGUGAUAAACUCUUACAUUACAUCAUACAGUGGGACGUCAUCAUCUACUCUAGUGUUCAGACGCUCUGGCAGGUACAACGUUAAUCUAUUGGUUGUAUACGAUGAAGGUUAUUGCAGACCACACAGUCCACCAGAAGGGAAAAUCCACCUGAGAAUAGUGAAAGCGGCCGACCUCUCCAAGGUUGGCAAGGUUUUCAGUGAGACCUUCUCCAGACGUCCUGGGAAAAAAUGGAUGGUUUACGGUCGGAUAAAUGCUCAAGUAAAGAUGCAACGAGGUCAAGGACUUUUGAUUGAUACAGACCAUCGGGAGUGUAUCAAACAGACCGGCACGCAUUUAAGUGUAACAAAACUUCAGAACCAAAACAUCACAUGAUUUUUUCCAGACGUCCUUGGAAAAAAUGGAU